CAGCCUCGGCCCGCGACGGCCUCUGGGCUCCUUUCAGCGGCGCUCCUCGGGCUCGGCCGGCGCGGAACCGGCGUCCCCUCCUCCCUUGCGGUGGGCGGCGGCUUGGGCCCGGGGCCCCGCGGAAGCCGACAGAAUGAGUCUGCAGAUCUUAAGUGACGAAAAUAUCACCAGUGAAAAAAAUGCAGAAAACUGUGACUUCCUGUUUUCACCACCAGAACUUAGUGGAAGAUCAUCUGUUCUUCGUCCAUCACAGAAAGAAAAUGUGCUCCCCAGAAACCAGGCAAAAGCUGCAAAGGUGACUUUUCAGACACCACUGCGGGAUCCACAGACACACAAGAUCUUAAGCCCUAGUAUGACCAGCAAACUUGAGACUCAUUUUGCUUUGGAUGACAGUGUUGGAUUAGAAAACUACUGUGUCUGGCCACAGAAAGACAACCAACAGUUCCCCAGAGCUACCAAUGGAUUUCUCCAGAAAGAAGCAGUGGUCAAUGCUGACUCUCCUCCAAAGGACACAAACUCAGCUUUUGGAGAUGAUGGUUCCAGCAAGCCUAGCUCAGCCCCUCUGGCUGACACAAGUUCCUCGGGCUCUUGCCAGAGCCCAGCAAGUCCUAAAGUCUGCACGGCGUCACCCACCGUGUCUGGCAGCCCUAGGCAGGCCUUCAAGGGAAGCACCAGCUCUUACUCACUAGAUGAAAGCUUGCCAUCUGCCUCUAAGACCCUGGAAGAGCCUCCUGGAGAGACGGCGUACAAACUCGAGGCAGAGGCCUCUCCCGGAGUCUCAGAAGAAAGCGCACACAGUGCUGUCUCGGUUGUGGCUGCUUCCCCUACUGGCACAAGCUCUGAAGACCUGCAUGGUGGAGGAGCACCCCCCACAGACCCAACUAGUGAGGUCCCAGCCUGCCCUGAGGUUGUGAGCGCCCCUGAGCUAACAGCUGAUGCCUGGUCCCCACCCCAGCUGUGCUCAUCUGGUACUGAGAACGCAGCCCCAGCCAGCCCUCUGCCAUCUGUCGAGGCCACAGAUCCAAGCCUUAGGGAGGAAGAAGCCACCAGCCAAAUGGAUGUUCCUUCAAGGUGUAACUCUUUGAGGCUGGAGUUCAACUUCUCUGAUGACACCAGCACUGAAAGGGCUCCUCCAUCGAGGAGAUUAGCCAAAAGACCCGGCCUCCAGCCUCCCCUGAGGGGGUCAGAGGCAAGGCAGCAGCAGGACCCCAAGGAGCCAGACGGGAGCGAUGGACCGAGAGUGGGGGACAAGUGCCCCAAGGCUGCUUCCUUGAACUCUAAUCACAUUGACCUGGACAAGCUGGACAACCCAGAUUCAAGUCCACGGGGUGACCCCAAAUCUGGCUGCCGAGAGGCCCAGCCCCCAGGAAGCCCCCAGAUGAGAGUGGUGCACCCAGCGGCUCCACCACUGAGCACGGGGCCUGUGGCUACUGAGAACUCACCACCAAGCCAGCAGCUGUGUUCAGCCCGUGCAGACGAUACGCAGGCACCUGAGAGUCCAAGAGCAAAAGGCAAGGAGGGAACCCUGACUUCCUCAAACACUUUGGCUCCCACAAGCUGUGUGGACAGUUUGCUGAUUGCCCAUCCUGCUGAGCCAGUGCCUGGAUCUCCUCAGCAGGAGCUGAAGGACGAGAGCUUCCGAGACCCAGCUGAGGUUCUAGGCACCUGUGCUGAGGUGGAUUACCUGGAACAGUUUGGAACUUCCUCGUUUAAGGAGUCGGCUUGGAGGAAGCAGUCCUUGUACCUGAAGUUUGACCCACUCCUGAAAGACAGCCCUCUUCGGCCAGUAUCUUUGGUCCCAGCAGUAAACAGCCCGCAGGACACCGGCAAGCCUGCCUCCGGAAACCUACUGGAAGCCAAGCUGGUGGAGUUGGACUUUCUGGGCGCCCUGGAUGGUCCUCAGGUGCCUGGCCCAUCCCCGUGUGUCCCUGGGCUUGGAGAUGUGUCUACUGGGCCCAUUGUGGAGGUGCUACAGUACAGCCAGAAAGACCUGGAUGCAGCGGUGAGUGCGGUACAGCAGGAGAACCUGGAGCUGAAAAGCAAGUGUGAGGAGCUCUACCUGAAAUACCUGGAGAUGGGGAAGAUCGUGGACGGGUUUGAAGAGAUCGUGCACCAUUCAAUGGAGGAGACCCAGAAACAGAAGGAGCUUGCCCAAGCCAAAAUCCAGAAGGUUCUAAAGGAGAGAGACCAACUUACUGCAGACCUGAACUCCCUGGAGAAGUCAUUCUCUGACCUCUUCAAGCGAUUUGAGAAGCAGAAGGAGGUGAUUGAAGGUUACCGCAAGAACGAAGACUCCCUGAAGAAGUGUGUGGAGGAGUACAUAGUGAGGAUUGAAAAGGAGGGCCAGAGGUACCAGGUGCUGAAGGUCCACGCAGAGGAGAAGCUCAAACUAGCAAAUGAGGAGAUCGCUCAGGUGCGAAGCAAGGCCCAAGCAGAGGCCUUGGCCUUCCAGGCCAGCCUCAGGAAGGCACAGAUGCAGAUUCACUCGCUGGAGAAGACCGUGGAGCAGAAGACUAAAGAGAACGAGGAACUGUCCAAGAUCUGUGAUGACCUCAUCUCCAAGAUGGAGAAGAUCUGAGCACAGCCAGCCCACCCGUCUGUCUGUCCACCUGUCCAUUCUUCUGUCUCAUUUCCAAGAUGGAGAAGAUCUGACCACAGCCAUCCUCCCUUCUGUCCCCCCGUUGGUUCUCCUGUCUGUCUGACUUGUCUUAGUUUUGAGUUCUUACAGCCUCAGCUUACUUUUAAAGUAGAUCGAUUUUAAGAAGUCUAAAUAAAGUUUCUCUAUAUUCAAAC